ACCAAUCAGAAGCCUCAAGACAUGUGGCGUCAACAACAAGGCAUCGUUCCUUAGCAGCUCCCUUCUUGGCUAACGCGGGCAGCUAAUCUCAGUUAUGGUCCACCACCACCAAUGUUUCAUCUGGUAAAAAAGAUGGUGCUUGGACUGACUCAUCUGGCUCUGGACGGGUUGGAACCAUGGAGGCUCCUCGGAUGUUACACACUAACCGGUGUUGCAGAGGUGCAUCGAAACGAGUGAAGUGCUUGUGACACUGAUGCCAGCAGAGAGCAAUCAGGAUGAGUGGAGCUGGAGAGCACACGGACAUCCUGGCAGUAGGAGAUGUGGUCAGGGACAGGUGGAAAGUGGUCAAGAAGAUAGGAGGAGGUGGCUUUGGGGAGAUCUAUGAAGUCUUGGAUCAGCUGAGCCAGGCCACUGUUGCUUUGAAGGUCGAGUCGGCUCAGCAACCCAAACAGGUGCUAAAGAUGGAGGUGGCAGUGCUAAAGAAGCUUCAGGGAAAAGACCAUGUUUGUCGCUUUGUUGGCUGCGGCAGGAACGAUCGCUUCAACUACGUAGUGAUGGAGCUGCAGGGGAGAAAUCUGGCGGAUUUGCGUAGAACGAUGACCCGCGGUACCUUUUCCAUCUCCACAACUUUGAGGUUGGGCAAGCAGAUUUUAGAGGCCAUCGAGAGCAUCCACUCAGUGGGCUUCCUGCACCGUGACAUUAAACCUUCAAACUUUGCAAUGGGACGACUUGCCAGUACCUGCAGAUGCUGCUAUAUGCUGGAUUUUGGAUUGGCUCGACAGUUCACCAACUCUAACCAAGAAGUCCGUCCACCUCGUCCUGUGGCAGGUUUCAGAGGAACGGUGCGAUAUGCCUCUAUCAAUGCUCAUAAGAAUAAGGAGAUGGGUCGCCAUGAUGACCUGUGGUCCCUCUUCUACAUGUUGGUUGAGUUCUUGGUCGGACAGCUUCCCUGGAGAAAAAUUAAAGACAAAGAACAAGUAGGAAACUUAAAGGAGACGUAUGAUCACCGGCUCAUGCUGAAGCAUCUUCCUUUAGAGUUCAGCAGCUUCCUGGAUCACAUCUUAACCUUGGAUUACUUCACUAAACCCGACUAUCAGCUCCUGAUGUCCAUGUUUGAGAAGGCCAUGAAGAGCCACAGUGUGCUGGAGAACGACCCCUAUGACUGGGAGAAAUGUGAUUCAGAGGAUGUGCUGACCAUCACUGCUGCAACGAACACUGCUCAGCAGCUCACUCGCCUCACCCCAGCUUAUCUCGGCAUGGCCAACGCUUCAGUGCUGCCAGGCGACCUACAGAGAGAAAACACAGAGGAUGUCCUUCAAGGGGAACGCCUAAGUGAUGCUGACAACUGCCCCCCCAUCCCCACACCCACCACUGCGGGUGUAGACGUGUGGGAGGAGAUGGACCGCAACCGCAACCAUAAACAUCCUCAAUCAAUGAUCAGGAAGGUAGUGAGUGAGGAUGAACACAGUCAGAACAAGGGGAACCAGAGUCCUAACACUGGCUCCAUGCAGAGUUCGCCAAGACGGGUGCGAUCAGAGACGAUGUUCCUAGACCGGGCUGCACCGCUGCUCCGCAGGAUGAGGCACAGCCAGAGCUUGGCGUUCGAAAAGAGACUGGCGCCUGAACCCAAGCCCACCAUUGAACGCUUCCUUGAAGCUUAUUUGGGGAAACAGCGCCCCGUCCUUUGUCAUGUUGGGGAGAAAUCCAUACCUGAGAAUGGAAAUGGGCAGCAGACGCCUUCCUGCAACGAGGAACAAUCUGGCACAGCGACUACCGACCCCGAGGAAGCCGUGGCCAGCAGCGGCUUUGUUGCUGUGAACUUUAGCCCUCUGCCUCAAGAGGCCAACUCUCAUGAGUGGGUGAUGCUGGAGUUGGAGCAGGUCAGUAACUCAGCAGGCCAUCCUCAGGCAGAAACCCAAUGUGAGGACAAGUCAGGCCCCUGUGGUACCAGUAGAGCUGAGAAUCAGCCCUCUAAGCAGCAAGACGGCCAGACCAGUCCUGUAGUUCCCAGUAGCCCCGUCCUGUCGCAGAUGACCGUGCCCCGCACGUGGUUACUGGGCCACCGGAGGCUGCCUGGGAUGCUGGGACAGAUGCCUUCUGUCUUGAUGGGGAGGUCACAGAUGGAGCAGUCCUCCAGCAGUGCACCACUGUCGCCUGUAAGGAAGAGUGAUGCAGCUCUUGAAGUCCCGAGCUGUAAAGCUGAGGAACUCGCUGAGGAAAGCUCAGACAGGAGGAGGUUGGACUCAGUGCCAGAGUUGAUCCCUGCCAAAGGCCCCACGUCUCACCUGACCAACGACAGAGACCCAGAGAGUGAUUCUGGUCUGCCUGACCGCUCCUCAGAGCCGAAUCAGCAGCCUCCAGCUGACACAGCAGGAGGCGCCGUGGAGAGCACUGUCACAGUCUCCUCUUCUCCGCCUCCUGCUCUGAUCAAACGAAGAGACUCUCCGUCAUCUCCGAGACUGAGCCGAAUCCCAGUGCGAGAUCCCAGUAAUCCCCUGGACUCUCCAAGCAGGGACCUGAACGCGGAGCGGCGCCACCGCUGGAGCAGCCCGGUUCCCGGCUCUCCCACUCACUCGCCCUCUCCCUCUCUGUCCUGUGACAACCUUCCCUGCGCUCUGCCGAGAGACAGGCUUUCCUCGGAGCGGGGCUCUAGGUCUGACUGCGUGGGAGAAGACCCCCUGUCCUUGUCCUCCUCAUCCGGAAGUAAAAGUAAAAUCCCUCGUCCUGUAAGUGCGACGUUUCUGCCAGAGCAGCUCAGUGGAAGAUUUUUGCCUCGGCCGCCUCCUGGGAAACCACCCGUCCGUCCAUGUGUGGACAGCAGGCGGCGGCGUUUGAGGGUGCGUGCCAGCAGCACCAGCGAUGCGGACUUUCUGGCCAGCCUGACCCAGCUGAUGCAGGACCGAGGCGGGAUGCUCUUCAGCCCCCCUCCUCGCCCUCGCAGCUCCUCCUCCUCCCUGCAGCGCUCAUUAAGCUCCUCCCCCUCCCGACAGGAGCUCCGCGAGAGCGGGGCUCUGCAGGGGCGCAGUCGCUCGCCUUCGAGCCUGUCGGGCUCCCCUCCCCCUCGAUACGCUCAGCCGCAGGACAGGGCCCCAUCGGGGCCGGGUCAGUGGGGCCUCGGCUCCAGAGGGAAAGCUCCGCUCUAUGAGGGUAAAGCCUUUGGAAAAUUGACUCGAUGACUGCAUUCUUACACAACUGACUGAUCCUAAAUGUGCACCUGUGGGGUGAGGCUCACCUCCCCCCCCAUGCCCUGAUAGCAUGUGUAAAUAUAACAUUUACUGAAAGGAAUGUACUGUAUGUAAUGUAAAAUGUAUGAUAAAAUGUAUUUAUUUAUUUAUUCGGAUGUGAACCAGAAAAAAGUGGAGAAAAUCUUGAUUGCCAACUUUUACCUCUCAUUUCCCUCCUCCAUUUAAAACUGUUUAGGCCUAAUGAGACCAAAACAAUCAUGUUUAAUACUUGAGAUGUAAAAAAAAAAAAAAAUUCUAACUGUAGAUAUGUACUAUUAGGGCAAAAUAGAUCACUAAAUAUUUAAACCAUGUAUUCACUGUAGAAACACUAUAACGGUAAAGAACAAUCAGUAUAUGUAAAUCGGCAUUCACGUGCAGAGCCAGAGCAUGCAGCAUACAGUCUCUCUCUCGUAAAACUGCUAAUCCUAGUAUUCAGUAAUGAGCUGCUCAUUUUGGCUUAUCUUAGUGUUGAUGUUUGCUUUUACUUUACUAGAAAGAAAAUCUCACGCAGCCAUCAGCUUCUAAGAAUGUACGUUAAGAGCACUACUGUAAACAUGCAUGAGAAUCCCUGCAAACAUUGUUUUUUUUAUGUAUUUGUACAAUCUCCUGAAGCAUCUGUGUUUUGUUGAACUGGUUCUGAUCAAAACCAUGUGAAUGUUUUAAGACUUUUGUUUCUAGGGCUGCAAGAGGAGUGGGUGGGAUGAACUGUGGUUUGCCCCCUAUGAGGAGAGAAAGGUUGAGAAAAUGUAGAAAUGAAUAGAAACAAAACGGAUGUUUCGAUAAAGGUACAUUUGACCAGUCCAGCUGAUUCGUUGGUCUAAGCAGAGGGAGUUCUUGAAUGAAAUGAAAGAAAUUGAUAAGAAGAGACUGGUGACACUGAUUUUACCUUAUACAUUAUAUAUUUAAUAUAAUUGGUAUUCAAUCCUUAGAAGUAAUUAAAAUCUUGCGGUUUUCCCAC